UUGAAAACUAUUUUGAAGAGUGAGUUGGACAUUGUACAAAUCCUGGAGCAUUCUCCUGAGUGCUUUUUUCGUUCUCAAAAUAAUGAGAAUGUGGAGGAAAAUGGCUUUAUUUUUUCUUUUGAACUAACUUCCAAACAUCUUGCCAAGAUGCUGAUCGUCGUUCCAAGGGCAUUUUUCAACAUUGUGGCGCUCAAACAAACUGUAGACCUGUUGAGGCAGGUCUAUAUAGAUCUUGGUGGAGAAAAUCCAGCUCAUUUUGUAAAGCAGAUAAUUUCUAAAAAUGCCUCCAUCCUUCUUCAGAGCAGCAAGAAAGUGACAGCUAACAUUCAGCUACUGAAAUCAUAUUUACAUCUGGAGAAUGAGGAAUUAAGGAUGCUCUUGCAAGGUGAAGGAGGUGAUAUCUUGCAUCUCUCUAAUGAAUACCUUAAAAAGAACCUUGAAAUUAUGAAAAAGAAAUUAUUUCAUGGAUGCACUGAAACAGAUGCCAUUACAUUUUUCUGUAAGCACAUCUAUGUUUUGUAUAUUUCUGCCCAGAAAAUAAAUGAUGAAAUAGAUAGUAUCCUACAGGCAAAUAGUAAUCUUCAUGAAAUACUGAAAGGCUCUCUAGUUCUUGACAAAAGCAUAAAAACUUUAAGUAGUCGAACUGAUGUGCUGAGAAAAGUAGGUUAUGAUUUUGAAACCCAGACUAUUGGGAUCCUUAGACUGAGUAAACCAAGAUUUAAAGCUAAAUUGGAAAAGAUGUACGAAUGUACGUAA